AUGGCAUCCAAAGCAACCAAGCAUGCGAAGAAAGACACAAAAGACGACGCUAUCGCGGCUCAUGGCGAGGUUAGCAUGUCCGCUUUGACUAGCCUAUUGGAGGAACACAGAGCCGCGCUCUCUUCCGAUUUCAAAACUGCUUUGACAUCUUUAGAGGCAAAACUUGACCUCAUCCAGGCUUCGGUGUCGGACCAUGGUACACGAAUAACAUCAUUGGAAUCUAACGCAGAUGACCUCAGCGAGCGAAUUCACUCUCUGGAGGCAGUGUGCGCCGAUCUGACUGAGAACUACGCUAAACUCAAGGCCAAAACAGCAGACCUGGAGGGCCGCAGUCGGCGUAAUAAUAUCAGGAUCAUUGGCUUACCGGAGUCUAUUGAGGGUCCUCGGCCCACAGUGUUUUUUUCUGAGAUGUUGUCGGAAAUUAUGGGUGAGCAGACUUUGCCGUCUCCUCCAGAGCUCGACAGGGCUCAUCGGGCUCUGGUCGCCAAGGCGAAACAGGGCGGGAGGCCGAGAGCGGUAAUAGUCCGUUUUCAUCGUUAUCAGACCAAGGAGAUGGUGAUACGUGAAGCCCGUAAAAGAAGAGGUUCCUUGAAGUACCGUGGUAACCCGAUCGCCAUUUACGGUGACUACAGUCCGGAAGUUCUGGAUCAGCGCGCUCAGUAUCGUGGGGUAAUGGCAGAGCUUUACAAUCUUGGAUUUAAGCCAUCUCUUCUUUUCCCCGCAAGGCUGAGGAUCCUGACUAAGGAAGAAAUUAUCCACCUAAAAUGGAACCAGCAGGUAGAACGGGAGGAGGACAACCUAUGGAAUCGCCGCCUCCUCGAGUGCAUGCUAGAGCUGGAAGCUUCCUUGACCGAGGAGCGAAUCGAGCAAGUACUCGUGGAGGCAUGCGGACAGAAAGCGAUCACCGGGUCCAAGGAGAACCGAGGCCUACCCAGACAUUUUAGGGGGGGGCUGAGUGGGUGCCCGAGGGGGGCCGUGAUGGCACCCCCUCUACAUCCGGGGCCCCCUGCUGCCUUGGACUCCUCCCGCUGCCCGGGGGCCGACGCCGCCAGCACCCGACGCCGCCAGCACCUCCCGCUGCCCUGUGAACCUGCCCAGGACUGGUCGCCGCCCAGGCCCGCCGGGGACUGGCCGCGACGCCCGGCCCGCUGGGCACUGGCCGCCGACGCCCGGCCCGCAGAGGGCUACUGUCUCGGCCACCACGGCGCCCUCUCCUGUCCCGCCCACCAAUGGCGCAUGGCCCUCCUCCGCCGGUGGGGGUUCUUAACUGCCCCGCCCCCCCUCUCUUGGGUCAGGGUUCGUGUUGGCCCCUCCGGUGGCCAGGCCUUUGGGGGGGAGAGUGGACAGAUCAGGCUGGUCAGUGGGACCGAUCGUUGCUCUGGCCGAGUGGAGGUCUAUUACAGUGACCAGUGGGGGACAGUGUGUGAUGAUGACUGGGAUAUGAUGGAUGCAGAGGUGGUGUGUAGACAGCUCAACUGUGGGAGUGCUGUCAGUGCCCCAGGGAGCGCCCACUUCGGUGAGGGCAGUGAGCCGACCUGGAUGGAUGAUGUUGGGUGCUCCGGUGGUGAAAGAGAUCUAACACAGUGUUCUCAUAUUGGAUUUGGAAAAGAGAACUGUGGUCAUGGUGAAGAUGCUGGUGUUGUCUGCUCAGGUCCCCAGAUCAGGCUGGUCAAUGGGAUCAGUUUUUGCUCUGGUAGAGUGGAGGUCUAUUACAGUGACCAGUGGGGGACAGUGUGUGAUGAUGCCUGGGAUAUGAAGGACGCAGAGGUGGUGUGUAGACAGCUCAACUGUGGGAGUGCUGUCAGUGCCCCAGGGAACGCCCAUUUCGGUCAGGGCAGUGAGCCGACCUGGAUGGAUGAUGUUGGGUGCUCCGGUGGUGAAAGAUAUCUAACACAGUGUUCUCAUAAUGGAUUUGGGAAAGAGGACUGUGGUCAUGGUGAAGAUGCUGGUGUUGUCUGCUCAGGUCCCCAGAUAAGGCUGGUCAAUGGGAUCAGUUUUUGCUCUGGUAGAGUGGAGGUCUAUUACAGUGGCCAGUGGGGGACAGUGUGUGAUGAUGACUGGGAUAUGAUGGAUGCAGAGGUGGUGUGUAGACAGCUCAACUGUGGGAGUUCUGUCAGUGCCCCAGGGAGCGCCCACUUCGGUCAGGGCAGUGAGCCAACCUGGAUGGAUAAUGUUGGGUGCUCCGGUGGUGAAAGAGAUCUAACACAGUGUUCUCAUAAUGGAUUUGGGAAAGAGGACUGUGGUCAUGGUGAAGAUGCUGGUGUUGUCUGCUCAGAAUUAGGUCCCCAGAUCAGGCUGGUCAAUGGGACUGGUCUUUGCUCUGGCAGAGUGGAGGUCUAUUACAGUGGCCAGUGGGGGACAGUGUGUGAUGAUGACUGGGAUAUGAUGGAUGCAGAGGUGGUGUGUAGACAGCUCAACUGUGGGAGUGCUGUGAGUGCCCCAGGGAACGACCACUUCGGUCAGGGCAGUGGGCCAACCUGGAUGGAUGAUGUUGUGUGCUCUGGCAAAGAAAGCACACUGACACAGUGCCCACACAAUACAACACACAACUGCAAACAUGGUGGAGAUUCUGGUGUUUUCUGCGUAUCAGGUUUAACCUUGAAGACACCCUCUUUCUCGAUAACGUCAUCCCAUUCAGUUUUCUCCCCUGGUGAAACGGUUGAGUUCAUUUGCUCUGUCAGUCAGCGAAUUCCCAUCACAGUAAACUUUGAUUUACAUAGGGAAGGAUCUUCAAUAAUGACCCAGGCAUUACAAACUAAUCAGACUAGUGCCAAUUUCACAUUGACCAGACUGCAAUCUUCAGCUCAGGGAAAGUACAGUUGUCUACAAAACUGGACACGGAAUGGUCAAACAAUUAUCAGUUCUUCCAGCAACUCAGUGAACAUCACUAUUGGUCCCCAGAUCAGGCUGGUCAAUGGGACUGGUCUUUGCUCUGGCAGAGUGGAGGUCUAUUACAGUGGCCAGUGGAGGACAGUGUGUGAUGAUGACUGGGAUAUGAUGGAUGCAGAGGUGGUGUGUAGACAGCUCAACUGUGGGAGUGCUGUGAGUGCCCCAGGGAACGGCCACUUCGGUCAGGGCAGUGGGCCAACCUGGAUGGAUGAUGUUGUGUGCUCUGGCAAUGAAAGCACACUGACACAGUGCCCACACAAUACAACACACAACUGCAAACAUGGUGAAGAUUCUGGUGUUUUCUGCUUAUCAGGUUUAACCUUGAAGACACCCUCUUUCUCGAUAACGUCAUCCCAUUCAGUUUUCUCCCCUGGUGAAACGGUUGAGUUCAUUUGCUCUGUCAGUCAGCGAAUUCCCAUCACAGUAAACUUUGAUUUACAUAGGGAAGGAUCUUCAAUAAUGACCCAGGCAUUACAAACUAAUCAGACUAGUGCCAAUUUCACAUUGACCAGACUGCAAUCUUCAGCUCAGGGAAAGUACAGUUGUCUACAAAACUGGACACGGAAUGGUCAAACAAUUAUCAGUUCUUCCAGCAACUCAGUGAACAUCACUAUUGGUCCCCAGAUCAGGCUGGUCAAUGGGACUGGUCUUUGCUCUGGCAGAGUGGAGGUCUAUUACAGUGGCCAGUGGAGGACAGUGUGUGAUGAUGACUGGGAUAUGAUGGAUGCAGAGGUGGUGUGUAGACAGCUCAACUGUGGGAGUGCUGUGAGUGCCCCAGGGAACGGCCACUUCGGUCAGGGCAGUGGGCCAACCUGGAUGGAUGAUGUUGUGUGCUCUGGCAAUGAAAGCACACUGACACAGUGCCCACACAAUACAACACACAACUGCAAACAUGGUGAAGAUUCUGGUGUUUUCUGCUUAUCAGGUUUAACCUUGAAGACACCCUCUUUCUCGAUAACGUCAUCCCAUUCAGUUUUCUCCCCUGGUGAAACGGUUGAGUUCAUUUGCUCUGUCAGUCAGCGAAUUCCCAUCACAGUAAACUUUGAUUUACAUAGGGAAGGAUCUUCAAUAAUGACCCAGGCAUUACAAACUAAUCAGACUAGUGCCAAUUUCACAUUGACCAGACUGCAAUCUUCAGCUCAGGGAAAGUACAGUUGUCUACAAAACUGGACACGGAAUGGUCAAACAAUUAUCAGUUCUUCCAGCAACUCAGUGAACAUCACUAUUGGUCCCCAGAUCAGGCUGGUCAAUGGGACUGGUCUUUGCUCUGGCAGAGUGGAGGUCUAUUACAGUGGCCAGUGGAGGACAGUGUGUGAUGAUGACUGGGAUAUGAUGGAUGCAGAGGUGGUGUGUAGACAGCUCAACUGUGGGAGUGCUGUGAGUGCCCCAGGGAACGGCCACUUCGGUCAGGGCAGUGGGCCAACCUGGAUGGAUGAUGUUGUGUGCUCUGGCAAUGAAAGCACACUGACACAGUGCCCACACAAUACAACACACAACUGCAAACAUGGUGAAGAUUCUGGUGUUUUCUGCUUAUCAGGUUUAACCUUGAAGACACCCUCUUUCUCGAUAACGUCAUCCCAUUCAGUUUUCUCCCCUGGUGAAACGGUUGAGUUCAUUUGCUCUGUCAGUCAGCGAAUUCCCAUCACAGUAAACUUUGAUUUACAUAGGGAAGGAUCUUCAAUAAUGACCCAGGCAUUACAAACUAAUCAGACUAGUGCCAAUUUCACAUUGACCAGACUGCAAUCUUCAGCUCAGGGAAAGUACAGUUGUCUACAAAACUGGACACGGAAUGGUCAAACAAUUAUCAGUUCUUCCAGCAACUCAGUGAACAUCACUAUUGGUCCCCAGAUCAGGCUGGUCAAUGGGACUGGUCUUUGCUCUGGCAGAGUGGAGGUCUAUUACAGUGGCCAGUGGAGGACAGUGUGUGAUGAUGACUGGGAUAUGAUGGAUGCAGAGGUGGUGUGUAGACAGCUCAACUGUGGGAGUGCUGUGAGUGCCCCAGGGAACGGCCACUUCGGUCAGGGCAGUGGGCCAACCUGGAUGGAUGAUGUUGUGUGCUCUGGCAAUGAAAGCACACUGACACAGUGCCCACACAAUACAACACACAACUGCAAACAUGGUGAAGAUUCUGGUGUUUUCUGCUUAUCAGGUUUAACCUUGAAGACACCCUCUUUCUCGAUAACGUCAUCCCAUUCAGUUUUCUCCCCUGGUGAAACGGUUGAGUUCAUUUGCUCUGUCAGUCAGCGAAUUCCCAUCACAGUAAACUUUGAUUUACAUAGGGAAGGAUCUUCAAUAAUGACCCAGGCAUUACAAACUAAUCAGACUAGUGCCAAUUUCACAUUGACCAGACUGCAAUCUUCAGCUCAGGGAAAGUACAGUUGUCUACAAAACUGGACACGGAAUGGUCAAACAAUUAUCAGUUCUUCCAGCAACUCAGUGAACAUCACUAUUGGUCCCCAGAUCAGGCUGGUCAAUGGGACUGGUCUUUGCUCUGGCAGAGUGGAGGUCUAUUACAGUGGCCAGUGGAGGACAGUGUGUGAUGAUGACUGGGAUAUGAUGGAUGCAGAGGUGGUGUGUAGACAGCUCAACUGUGGGAGUGCUGUGAGUGCCCCAGGGAACGGCCACUUCGGUCAGGGCAGUGGGCCAACCUGGAUGGAUGAUGUUGUGUGCUCUGGCAAUGAAAGCACACUGACACAGUGCCCACACAAUACAACACACAACUGCAAACAUGGUGAAGAUUCUGGUGUUUUCUGCUUAUCAGGUUUAACCUUGAAGACACCCUCUUUCUCGAUAACGUCAUCCCAUUCAGUUUUCUCCCCUGGUGAAACGGUUGAGUUCAUUUGCUCUGUCAGUCAGCGAAUUCCCACCACAGUAAACUUUGAUUUACAUAGGGAAGGAUCUUCAAUAAUGACCCAGGCAUUACAAACUAAUCAGACUAGUGCCAAUUUCACAUUGACCAGACUGCAAUCUUCAGCUCAGGGAAAGUACAGUUGUCUACAAAACUGGACACGGAAUGGUCAAACAAUUAUCAGUUCUUCCAGCAACUCAGUGAACAUCACUAUUGGUCCCCAGAUCAGGCUGGUCAAUGGGACUGGUCUUUGCUCUGGCAGAGUGGAGGUCUAUUACAGUGGCCAGUGGAGGACAGUGUGUGAUGAUGACUGGGAUAUGAUGGAUGCAGAGGUGGUGUGUAGACAGCUCAACUGUGGGAGUGCUGUGAGUGCCCCAGGGAACGGCCACUUCGGUCAGGGCAGUGGGCCAACCUGGAUGGAUGAUGUUGUGUGCUCUGGCAAUGAAAGCACACUGACACAGUGCCCACACAAUACAACACACAACUGCAAACAUGGUGAAGAUUCUGGUGUUUUCUGCUUAUCAGGUUUAACCUUGAAGACACCCUCUUUCUCGAUAACGUCAUCCCAUUCAGUUUUCUCCCCUGGUGAAACGGUUGAGUUCAUUUGCUCUGUCAGUCAGCGAAUUCCCACCACAGUAAACUUUGAUUUACAUAGGGAAGGAUCUUCAAUAAUGACCCAGGCAUUACAAACUAAUCAGACUAGUGCCAAUUUCACAUUGACCAGACUGCAAUCUUCAGCUCAGGGAAAGUACAGUUGUCUACAAAACUGGACACGGAAUGGUCAAACAAUUAUCAGUUCUUCCAGCAACUCAGUGAACAUCACUAUUGUUAUCCUUCCACCACCUAGAAUUUCCCUCACUGCUCCAAAUGGUUCAAUGGUCUGGGGAUCUAAGCAGUCAGAGGUUACCAGGGGCCACAUCUUCUCCAUCACCUGCUCCAUUCAGCUACAGUAUCCUGGGGGCCUCUUCCAUCUGGACUUCUCUGGGACCAACAGGACUGAGACUAAGCCAGCAGUCAACCACUCUGCCUCCUUUCACUUCCCUGUUGCAGAGUAUAAACAUGAGGGGAACUACAGCUGUAGCUAUGAAGUCAACGUUACCACCCGAACCUUUCAUUCUACUAGAUCAGAGUUACUGACAGUCAGCAUUCAAGCCUCUCCAGUCCUCGUUACUGUUUCUGGCGCAGCGGUUGGGAUUCUUCUCCUACUGAUACUGGUGGCCGUUUCCUGGGUGGUCUGGAGGAAGAGGAUGAACAGACCUCCACCCAUGACCAUGUCCCAAAGACAAUGUGGAAAUUGUGAAGAUGAAAAGGACUACAUCAACAUGGAAACCAUUGACAACCAAAGAUAUGACGACCUGGAGACAAGAUACUGUGCAGGACGGACCGCUCCAAGAGCCACAACCAGAGUUGGAAAUAAUGAAGAUAGAUCAAAGGCUACAGAGACCAUAAAUGAAAUUCCAGAUUCAUUCACAGAGAUGGCCAUUGCUGAUGAAAGUGGGAAUGACUAUGAAGAAGAUGAAAACAUUUAUGAACAUUUGGGCUGAGCUAUUUUUUAUAAUAUUUUUUACCAUGAUUUAACUUGGUAAGCCAAUUGACAACCAAUUCUUAUUUACAAACUGUCCAAAGCCAUAACAACUGCAAUAAAAUCCUCAAUUGCAUAUGAAUAUAAAAAAUAAACAAUAAAUUACAGUUAAAAACAACAAAAAAAAUGCAAUGGGAUAAGACAGAGAUGAGAAAGAAUUAUAUAAUAAUAUACAUUUUCACAUCAAUUAAAGUGGGUAUGGUGCUGUUCACUGUAGUUAACAAUUUGAGUUUGAAUGAGCAGUGACAGGUAUCUACGGGAGUGCAGAUUUCUGUUGGGUUGGCUGAUAUUUGGGAACAAACUGAGGUAAGGCAGGGAUUUGCUUAAGCGGGACUUGUAGAUGCACUUGGUGGGACAUUUUGUUUUAUCUGAAAUGUAAGUGUAAUAGCAUUUUCACAUAGAACAUGCAUUUCUGCAUUACAUGGUUUAAAAACUGUUAAUUUUGUGUGAUUUGUUAAAUUGGGUUACCUUUUAUCAAUGAAUAGGUUUGGAAUUUGGAGUUCCACCAAAUAUAAAAAAAUUACUAUCACAUAUCACAUUGACUAAGA